CAUGCGCGCAGGCUCCUUCUUGUUCAGAAAAAUGGCGUCGCCCUUCGGAGUGUGCAGGUUGUGUCGUUCGUGGCCGAGCGGCGGUGUGUUGAACUCUCUGCACAAAACCGACAGAUUACUGAGCAGAAAUCUGGGGAUCGAUGUCGCUGUUGCUCAAACUGAAGGCCGUCAUGAUGAAUCAGAAGAAAAAGGUGGAUUCAAGGAUUUGCAAGCUGUCCAGGCGGAGAGACAAGAACAAGCUGAGAGAUCUGUUCUCAUUAGCUACCACUCCAAAAUAAGAGAGAAAACAUUCCUCAAGUUUGUAUCCAGGCAUGGUGACAUCAAGAAAUAUUUUUAUUAUGAAAGCUAUGGAAUAUAUGCACUAGUGGAGUUUGCAAGACGAGAAAGUGUUGCCUCAUUACUUGAAGAUGCCACAAUUCCCACUGUCAAACACGAGUGCAUGUUACCUUUCAAAUCAAGACUGUUGUUGCUCAAGAAUCUCAGUGCAGUGGACCAAGCGAGUCAGCAGCCAAACCUCCCAUGCAAACCACAGUCGACCAUUCCCAUCAGUAAGCUCCUAGAGAUGCUGUCCAUGGAAGAGAGUAUAGACCAACAGAUGACCUCCCUGACACAAGCCUACCAGAUAACUGAGGAGAACACCUGUCUGCGUUACUUGGUUUGCUCCCUGCUUAAGGACAUUGCUGCUGCGUAUUUUCCAGAAUGCACCAUUAAACCAUUUGGUUCGUCAGUGAAUGGUUUUGGAAAGCUAGGCUCUGACCUGGACAUGUUUCUGGACUUGGAUGCCAUCAGUGGAAGAAAGGAAAAACAGUCAAAAUCAGGUCUGUCCCUGAGUUACCAGAUGAAGCAGGUCAAGUCUGAGAGGACUGUCACCCAGCGCAUCCUGUCUGUUCUUGGAGAGUGUGUGGACCAGUUUGGACCCGGAUGUGUUGGGGUGCAGAAGAUUCUUCAUGCUCGAUGCCCUCUGGUCCGUUUUGCUCACCAGCCUUCUGGUUUUCACUGUGACCUCACAGCCAACAACAGGGUGGCAAUGAAGACCACAGAGCUGCUCUACCUGUAUGGAGAGUUAGACCAUCGUGUGCGUUGUCUCAUUUUUACCAUACGCUGCUGGGCACGAGUUCACAACAUUACCAGCAGCAUCCCAGGUGCCUGGAUCAGCAACUUCUCCCUCACAGUUAUGGUGCUGUUCUUCCUGCAGAAAAGGAACCCUCCUAUAAUCCCUGCCCUCAACCACCUCCAAGAGCUUGCAGGUCCCGCAGACAAGAUGGUGAUUGAGGGGAACGACUGCACAUUUGUCAGUGACUCCAGCAAGAUUCAGCUCCAGAAAAACACCGAAACAUUGGAACAACUGCUGUUUGAAUUUUUUGACUUCUACGCCACUUUUGCAUUCAACAAGAUGUCAGUAAAUAUCAGAAAGGGCACAGAGCAGAACAAACCAGAAGUGGCCGCACUGCACAUCCAGAACCCAUUUGAACAGUCUCUAAAUGUCAGCAAGAAUGUCAACAACAGCCAACUCGACCGCUUCGUGACGCUGUGUCAGGAGAGCUCCUGGCUGCUGCAUCAGAGUGAAAACCAAAAACCCAAAAGUGUCAGUAAGAACAACACUGUGGCACCUUGGGGACUGUCUGCCCUCCUCCUGCCCACUCACUCUGCAAGGAGCCGCCAGCAAAAGAAGAGCAGGCAGGCAACCACUGAACGAAUCGGCAAACUGUUGGAAUACUUGAAGAUGAAUCAAAAUCAAACGAACGACAGCUGAGAUACUCUGAACUCACAGAAAUCAGUGUCGUUGUUUUGUCGAUGUGUUCACUGCUGUCCUGGGAAUCUGACAGACAUGCAUAGCACGGGGAAGAUCGUAGAACACAAACUACGUACCUGCUGAAAAACUGAAACUCGACUGCAGUUUUAAACAUAAACACCGGAGGGCGCCAUUAAGACUUGUAUGUGCAUAUGUUUUGGGGCAAAGCCAGUGAAUGAUGUGUACUUUAUUUUCUGGUCUGUCAAAAUUAAAACCAAUACUGUGGAAACUGAA